GCCCCGCCCCUCCCCUCCGCCGCCGCCGCCGCCGCCGCCCUGGGAAGAUGGCGGACGGCGGGGCAGCUGCCGCGCAGCAGGAAGACGAAGCGUCCGCGGCGGCCGGCGGUGGCCGGAGGGAUCGGCAGGCCCGGAGCGGCGGCCACCCGCCCAGCGCCCGGGAUUUGCAGUUGGCCUUGGCAGAGUUAUACGAAGAUGAAGCUAAAAGGCAGUCAUUGUGUCCUGACAAACCAACAACUACAAAGAUCAGUAACACAAAAAUAACACAGAGUCUUAAAAUUGAUUCUCUUAGAAGGUUGAGAAAACCAGAGAGAAGCAUGAGCGAUGACAAAGAAAACCAAAGAUUUUAUUCAGGUGACUCGGAAUAUAGAGGAUUACAGAUUUCUGGGGCUUCUAAUAAUCCAAGUAAAAUUGUUGCUGAACUCUUCAAAGAAGCAAAAGAACAUGGGGCUGUCCCAUUAGAUGAAGCCUCAAGAGCAUCUGGUGAUUUCAGUAAAGCUAAGUCGUUUUCUGGUGGUGGAUAUAGGUUGGGUGACUCAUCACAAAAGCACUCUGAAUACAUAUAUGGAGAAAAUCAAGAUGUUCAAAUUUUGCUGAAACUUUGGAGAAAUGGUUUCAGUUUAGAUGAUGGAGAGUUGAGAUCCUAUUCAGACCCAACAAAUGCUCAGUUUCUUGAGUCUGUUAAAAGAGGGGAAAUUCCUGUGGAACUGCAGCGACUUGUUCAUGGUGGCCAGGUUAACUUGGAUAUGGAAGACCACCAAGAACAGGAAUAUGUAAAGCCUAGACUGAGGUUCAAAGCUUUCAGUGGAGAAGGGCAAAAACUUGGAAGCCUUACGCCUGAAAUAGUCAGCACACCUUCUUCCCCAGAGGAGGAGGAAAAAUCUAUUCUUAAUGCACCUGUUCUGAUUGAUGACUCCAUGCCAGCAACUAAAAUACAAGUUAGGUUAGCAGAUGGAAGCCGAUUAAUACAAAGAUUUAAUCAAACUCACAGAGAUUUAUGUCAAAAUGGAACCAUACGUAGUUUUCAUGUCCAUAUCCUUUCCACAGGAUUAAGGAUAUUCGAGAUUUCAUUAUCCAGUCCCGUCCAGCAUUUGCAACAACUGAUUUUGUUCUUGUGACUACCUUUCCAAAUAAAGAACUAACAGAUGAAAGCCUGACACUACAAGAAGCAGAUAUUCUUAACACUGUGAUUCUUCAGCAAUUAAAGUAACCUUACAGUUGUUGGUACGAUAUAGGGAGCGUGCUGUAUCGUCAUACAAUAUGUUUCCAACAGGUGAAAAAAAGGAAGGAUCAGUGUCUUUAUUCCCCCACUUUCACAGAUAAGAUUUUUGGAUUUCAUGUCUUCCAGCUAUAGCAUACCUAACCUUUUUAUUUUAAUUUCUCAACACUGUUCAACCUUUUUUCAGUGUUAAAAUCAAGCUUCCCUGUGUUAGUAUGUUUCAAACCACAUCUUGUACUAAAUGUGAAAUGAGAUAUGACUUUAUGACUCUUCGUUAUUUUGAGGGGGGUGGAGGGAGAAGCAUUUUUCUGAAGGGGACAGUAUCUUUCAUACAGUUGGUAAGAUUUGCACUAUGGAAAUGUUUUAUGCUGCAUUGAGAAACAGCCAUUUGGAAACUUAGCCUGUAGGUUAUGUUUACCUUCCAAGCUGUAUUAGUAUUAAGGUGUUCUGUUUAAUAGGUCAACAGAUAAUUAAUGCCCUAAUAUAAUUUUUUGUAUAUUCUGUUUGUAGUGUUUCAUGGUGCAGUAUAAUUUAUAUUCUAGUUUUUAUGUAAUUUCCCCUGUAUUGUUGCUCAUAUGAGUGAAUCAGUUCAGGAGAUGCAAACCUCAGCUAUUGAAGACUGUAAUAGAUUGUUCUCAUUUGUAUUCUAGUUGUUCUACUUGUGGUGAAACUAAGUAUGAAUUUUUUUCUUCUUGGAGUUAGAGAAAUAGGAGAGACCACUGCCAUCUGGAGAAACGCUGCGGUUUAGAUUUCAUGAGGGUAGGCCUGUGGUGACUUUGAACCUGAAUAUGCAGUUGAACCCUGUGCAGCUACAUGUUGCUUCACCUGAACAGUUACUUCAAUAACCCCAAACAAAAAACACCGAGGUGCACAAACACAGCACCUGUUUAUGCUGUCACUUGCAUGCACAAAAGCAGACAUUUUAAUUGGUCAUGUAUUUUUGACUUGAAUUUCAGGUCUUUAUAUUUAGAAUUUUGGCCAAAGGCAUUUUGUAAUUUUCAGUGGGGUUUUGGUUGUGCAGCUUUCACUGUACUUUUUUGGAAGCUGUAUAAUUAAAGCCCUUGAUCUUUGAAAUGAUAUAUUUUUUUCAAAUAACUUGGCCCUACUCUGCAGUAUGCAGGUAGGAAUCUUACGUUGUGGGCAAACUGGCUGCUGUGCUGUAGUAGUAUGCAGUUUUAUAGUAUUUGUGGCUUUAUAUCAGAUGAGUGGAUCACUCUCUGAAGGAGGGUAAAUGGGCUGUAUCUCUUGUACUGAUAUGUGUUAAACAUGCUGUUUUCACUGAUUAUUUUAUUCUGAAGAUAUCAAUAUUUAUUUAUGCUAAGCUUAUAAUUGCUCAGUAUAUUUGAUAAAUCUUAACAUUUUUACCUCGAAGUACAUAUUUGAGUAAAUUUUGAAUGUGCCAUUGUAUUUGGAGUAUUUUGUAUCGUAAUCUGACUAUCUGCAUGAUUUUAAUCAUAAUUCAUUUCAUGUGCUAAAUAAUUAAAGUUUUGAGCUAAAAAGACCAUA